AUGGUUUCUGCUCCCACCCCCGUACCCGUAGAACAUGUCAGUUUCAAGAACCUGCAGCUUCAGCCUGACCACCCACCGCAUUCGGCCUGGGGUCUUUGGGGCCCGGACGAUCAAUUGGGAUGUCUCAACCGUCUGACACCAGAUCGCAUCAGGGCGGCCGCCACCGAGGUCAAGACGGGCGUGUCCAUCGGUCUGAACUGGAGCCUCAACGAGAUGCACAUUCCGCCAUUCUAUCGAACCAAGCUGAAGCACGAGAUAUUCCAACUCGGGGAGAACGUCAAUGAUGACCGCGUGGAAUUCAACACUCAAACCAGCUCACAAUGGGAUGGGUUCCGGCACUGGGGUUAUCCUGAUGGACGCUUCUACAAUGGUUUCACCCAGACCGAGCUUAAGGCCAUGACGUCUGAACGCAAUGGCAUGCAGGAAUGGGCGAAACGCGGGAUCGUGGGUCGAGGAGUUUUGAUCGACUACGUCAAGUAUGCCAAAGAUAGUGGACUGCCAUAUGAUCCAUGGUCUGCCACAUCCAUAUCGGUUUCCACGGUCAAGGAGAUCGCACGCAAGUACACCAUCACUUUUCAACCUGGGGAUAUCUUGCUCCUACGCACCGGCUUUGUUGAGAGGUACAGCUCGCUCUCCGAAGACGAGCUGCAGAAGAAGAUGGAAAGCAAGGAAAUGGCCUAUCCCGGGCUCACAGGGUCCCUUGAGUCCCUCGAGUGGCUGUGGGAGACGCAGUUUUCCUGCGUGGCCUCCGAUUCGCCAGGGUUCGAAGUCUGGGACGCCGGCCUGGCUGGAAUGGAAAACCUGAUGCACCCAACCUUGCUCUCCGGGUUCGGAAUGCCGAUAGGCGAGCUCUUCGAUUUGGAGGAGUUGUCGAAGCAGUGUGCCAAAGAAGGCCGAUGGACUUUCAUGUUCACGAGCGAGGUGCUAAACAUCCCCGGCGGCGUGGCUAGUCCUCCAAACGCACUGGCUAUAUUGUGA